AGAGAACUGUUGUGUUUUCACAGGUGCUACAGGGUCCUGCUGGGCUCACAAACCAUGGCAGAGAGAUCAGCAGUCCAGCCACAGAAGAGCACCUCUACACUCAUCAUGGUCCUGCUCAUCCUGAUGUGCUUUGGAGCAUCACAUUCCUGUGACUUCUUGAUCGGGUUGUUUAGCCACAGAAACUGCUCUGGGACAAUUGAAGUGCUCUACAACGGCAGCUCCACGAGGGCGUGUUGUGCAGGACAAGAUGAGUAUGUCAAUUCUUCAGGAGAUUCACUGAGUUGCCUCUUCUCUGUGGAGCACAGCAUGAGUUUCAGCAAUAUACUUCUCACUGAUUACUGUAGAGGUCCAAACAUAUUAACACCUAUAUGUUACCUGAACACAUGCAACAAAUCGACCAUUCCACAGGAAAUUCAAACUACCACACAGACUACCUUGCAGACUACUGGACAAAUCAUAAAGGAAGAAUUUGUAGUAGAAAAUUUUGCAGGGCUACAGUGUGUAGGAAACCUCACCACAAUCUCAUUCAGCUCCUCUAUGAUCUCAGAGCCGCUCAUUAACGUGUCUGUGCCCGCUGACCUCUUCUCCAGUGUAAAAAACGUUUCAAAUGUGACCUUUGUUCUGUCUGUGUCCUCCAGCAAAGAUCUGAAGCAGAAAUCUGGAAUGGUGCUGAAGGACUUCUUCUUUGGCAUAGAGGUGGAGAACGUCACCAUUUCCAAUCUGACCACACCCUUUACACUGGACUUCAUGUUCAGAUCCAAGAAGGAAAACAAUGCUUCCUGUGUUUUCCUAAACAAUAGAGGUCUAUUGGUGAGUGAGGGCUGUGAAACAAAGUCUUUAAGCAACCACGUCAAAUGCAGCUGUAACCACUUCUCCUACUUUGCCCUUUUACUGAACGACAACCUUCCGGAGAGUGAAGACCUCACCUUGUACACCUACAUAAGCUGUGGAAUCUCAGUUGGCGUCUUUACAGUGACCCUGUUGGCCUUCACCCUGUGGAGCAUUCAUAAACAGGUGGAUCAGACCAUGCUGGUGCAUCUGCAACUCGUGGGCUCUCUGCUGCUUCUCAAUGUCAUGUUCCUGCUCAAUGGCACGCUCAGCUCUCGGGUAUCCACACCACUGUGCACAGUGCUCGGCCUGCUGUUGCACUACUUCCUGCUCUGCAGCUUCACCAGCUUGGCCGUGGAGGGAGUACACCUCUACAGGAUGCUUAUCCAAGUGUACAAUGUCCAUGUGCAGCACUACUUCCGCAAAAUGAGCCUGCUGACCUGGGGGGCUCCAGCUUUGGUCGUGGCCAUCAUAACUGCUGUCAACUGGAAAAUUUAUGGGAUGGAUAAUCAAAGCAAAACAAUGUGCUGGAUCACUAACGACAUGGUCCGCUACAUCACGGUACUGGGAUAUGUGGGGCUGGUCAUGCUCUUCAACGCAGCCAUAUUCAUCUUUGUGGUGGUCAAGGUGGUCCGCCUGCGAAUGCAGCUGACAGCCCAGCAGAAAGGGAACCACUGCCGCAGCUUUUGCAGCCUUCUCUUCCUCAUGUGCAUGUUGGGCCUCAGCUGGAUUCUGUCUGUCUUCCUCCAUGAAAACUUUUCAUCUUCGAUAGUAUACAUAUUCACCGUACUCAACUCACUGCAAGGCUUUGGUGUGCCCCUGUGGUUGUUUUUCAAGAGGCGAUCCAGCACUGCCAAAGACUCCUAUGAGACGGGAAGGAGCGAGAGACUGCCGGAGUAACACACAGGUCGCAUGCUUUACCAUCAAACUCUUGUGAGAAUACCUUGGACCAGAGCAAGUAGCAGCCCUCCUGCACCCUUGGCCUGCACCUGCUAUUGGGGACCUUUCCAAAUGGAAACCAGCAGAGAAGGCCUUUUCCAAGUCUUUACCCCAUUCCUUCACUACACCAUCAUCACUGCAAAUAAACUCUGCAACCUGACUCAGAUUCACCUCCCGAAUUAGUGUCCAUAUAAAACUGCAAUGAUAUUUUGAAAGAUAGUUUCAGCAUAAUGCUUUUCAAAGUGCACCUUUUACAUACAUGUUCUAUGACAGUUUUCCCAAGGUCACAUCUUGUUAGGGCAGUAUAUGUUGGAUGAAGUUUACAUUUAGAUGACACUUUUCUCCAAAGCUACUUGCAAUGUUAAAGUUACAGUUAUUUACCC